AUGCGUGGUGUCCUCAUUUUCAUGUCUUUUUUAACCGUUAUUUCAGCAAGUGUCAAGUUUAUUCAGGAACCUGAGGACGCCUGUAUACCAUGGCAUAGUCAAAUUCAACUUAAUUGUAAAGUUAAUCAUCCCACAGCAGUCUAUUCAUGGUUAGCAAUACAUCAUGCUCCUUUGGAUUUAAUCUUUUCCAAUGGAUAUCUUGAAUUUUUAAAAGAACCAAAUAUUCUGUUUGAGAAGGCAGAAACAUUAGUUGAAAAUUCUUCUUUUGUAAAUGUUAAUCCCUUUGGUGGUCUACUACUCAGACAUCCUAUUUCAGUAGAUAAAGUUAGUAGAUCAAAAGCCUUACAACCGAAUUAUAAAUCAUGGCUAGAAGGUUCUUAUCGGUGUAAAGCAUCGAUUCCCGGUCAAGGCAGUUUAGUCAGUCGUACAGCGAAAAUUCGUCUUUCUGAUCUCUUUCUUGAGCCUAACCUGCCUACAACUCAUAAUCUUUUGCCAAAUUCACGUCAGUCGUUAAUUACUGAAUUUCAGCAACAUUCAAGUCAGCAUACAACUGACUUAUCGUCGAAAAUACCGACAGAUACAAAUAAACAUCCUGGUCUUGGAGGUGGUAGUUUUUUCCCCGGUGAAGUUGUUGUCCUACGUUGUCCAGUAGUAACAGUCAGUUCAGUUAAACCGAUAAUUCGAUGGUUUCAUGUUACCUCAGAUGUUAUGGUUAUGCAACCAGUUGGCUCUGAUAUCCACGAUCCACAGGGUCAUUCAUCCUGGCCAAAUAAUUAUGAAGCAAUUACUUUGGAUAGUGGUCGUUGGCUUGAAAUUCAUCUAGGCUAUUUAAAUACCACCACUCAUACUAUUACUGGUACUAGCAAUCAUUCAGAUGAUAACAAUCAAGAUGAUAGAUCGAAACAGACCGCCAGUGAUUAUGGAUAUCCUCAUGUUAAUAAAGGUACAAAACAGCAUCCUAAUGAAAAUUACUUUCGUGCUGGAUUUGGUGAAUACUUUUGUGAAGUACAAAUACCACCGUCAGUACAAUCAGAUAAUGACGAUGGUGUUAUCAAUAGUAGUGAGUCAGAGAAAAUUGGAUUAAACGAUACAGGCCCGUAUAUACCCGUCACAAUGUUUCCAACAUCUUCAACAACAAAAGCAACGACACUGACUCCAAUCUCUGACAAUAAACUGCAACAUUCGAAUUCUAAAGAUACAGUUUUCUGGUCUGUCCAACCUUAUGAAUUAGUACAAAUAGAAUUCCCGUCGACAUUUCUACAUUCUCUGAAUGUGUUAUCAACAAAUUCAAAAGUUGAGGUUAAAAAUCAAGCUUUUGCCUUACAUCACCGUCAUCCUUCACCUGCUCCUUCUCCACCACCUCAGCAACAGCAGCUGUUGCAACAACCAAAACUAUCCAGAGAUUCUCAGAAUAUUGAAUUAUGGCGUAAAGUUAAUUCUACUGUGACACUUCCAUGCGCUGGUAAUAUUCGUCAGUUCAUUGGCGGUCGAGUACAGAAUGAUUUAACUUCUUUCGGAAUGCUUCAUACUGAUUCUUCGCAUGGAUUAAUGAAUUAUCAUGGUUAUAUUAUUCAGUGGAGGAAAGAUGGAGAACUUUUGUCAGAAAAGCUGUUAUCAAAAGUUAGCUACAGUCGUUUUCAUCUAGUUGGUAGUGGCAGCCUAAUGAUUAAUAAUCUUCAAUUAAAUGAUACUGGUUUAUAUUCUUGUCAAGUUGUAAAUGAACAAGAGAAUGAGAUAUUACUGGAUGAAACUAGUAUCCAAUUGAUUGUUGGUCAUGCACCAAUCUUGUUAAAUGCUUCGCCAGGUGAUAUACAGGCUAGAUUACAUUUUGAACAAGUAUUAUGGUGUCAUUUUAUAACACACUAUCCAACAUUAAUACAGUGGCGUAAAAAUAGUGAAAUAAUUCAAGAUAGUGAAUACUUUCGUAUAAAUAAUAAUUAUACUCAUAUUAAUCAACCUGGCCAACAAUUGCCGUUUACUACUACUGCUACUACUCAAAUUAGAAUACAAAGAAUAUUACCAAAUGAUGCUGGAUAUUUUCAAUGUUUAGCAGAGAAUAGAUUUGGAUCUAUUCAACAUUCAAUUCAUCUUCAGGUUGUUCAAUCGAACUCUGCCGAUUACAUAAAUGAUGGAAUUGAUACUAAUAAUUUGUUGAUGAUGAUACCAACAAAUGUCAGAGUAUUCAACGUCAGUGAUACACGUGCUGAUGUGAUAUGGGAUGAACCACAAUGGCCUUUAUCAAAGCCAUUAGUGUAUUUCAUACAAAUAGAAUCAAGCACUUCACCUGGUCAUCUAAUAGUCAAUACAACUAAUCUGUUUAUUCGUUUGGUUGAACUCCAACCUGAAACUGUUUAUACACUGAAGAUUUUCCCUACUUUAAUAGAAAAAUCAGGUCAAAGAUCAGAUAAUUUUGCAUCUGUCACAUUUAAGACAAAGCCACUGAUUCAUCGUCCUCCUGCUGUAAGAGAUAUAACUGCAGAAUCAAGAGAAUAUGGUACUUUAACUAUUUCAUGGAAAGCACCAUCUUUCAUAACUGAUGUCAAUGAUAAUAAUGGAUCAAUUGAAAAAAUUGUCUCUUAUCAAAUAAUUCUUCGUUAUCGCACCUCUGAACCAACUGAUUCCAGUGAUGUUAUGUCUCGUAAACCUAUUGAAAUUAAUGUACCUGUGAAUAAGUUAACUGUGCAUGCCGACAAUCGAUUAAGUUACACUGUGUUAAAUUUAACACCAGAUGCUUUUUAUCAAAUUACAAUCUAUGCGAUAACCGAUCAAAAUAUCACUGGUCGUUCAGCUUACCUACCAUCUUCAUCACGUGUUGCUUCAAGACCACCGUCGAAAUCACCUAUGAAUAUUCGUGUACAUUCUGUUGGAGCUCAUGUGGCUACAGUAUCAUGGCAACCACCGCCUGUGAAAUAUAGAAAUGGCCAACUUAUUGUAUAUCGUAUUAAUAUAUCAUGUGAUGACUGGUUACGUCCACGUUAUAUUAUGGUUCGUAAUAAAUUAAGCCAGUUGAUAAAAGGUUUGACUUCUGGCACAAAAUACGAGUUAACUAUUUCAGCAGCUACUCGAGCAGGCAAUGGUCCAGACUCUGAUAUUAUCACAUUUACUACAUUUACUCAAAAGAAUAAAGCUGAUUCCGAUGGAGAGAAUAGUGCUGAUGGAGAAGUCUUAUCAGGUGAUGUUACAUCUGAAGGCCUUAGUGCACCAAUGACUCAUUUACCUUCUCUGUCAGACAACAGGAAGUUGGUUUCUUCACUAGGACCUGUGGAAAAUCUCCAGGCUUUAGCUGAUGAACAAAGUCUAUUAGUAUUUUGGUUACCACCACAUGUUGUGGCUAGUUCAUCUAGCCUUCCUCAAACUACUUCUACUGGUGUUGUUGACAGUAGUAGUUUUAAUGGGAAUUUGGAUAUUCCAUCAAAAUACAAGCCUGUCAGGACAGAUAUAUCACACUAUAUAAUUUCUUGGGGUAAAUUGCAUCCUGGACCGGAUUCUGUUUCACUACCGAGGAAUCAGACAAGUUAUUCAAUUGAAAAUCUCGAAUACGAUACUACUUAUUAUGUGAAAGUUGUUGUUGUCGGUGUGAAUCAAGAAACUAAAGAAGCCCUUACAACAGCUAGAACAAAACCGGCUGCUUCUAAUGAACGUUUAUUGAUUCCUUUGAAUUUACACGUUUCUUCAUCCGAUUCAAAUUGGGUGACACUAACAUGGGAUAAACCUGAAUGUGUUCAGAAGGCAUCAAAUGCUGGUAGCCAAUCACACGAACAAGAGUCUAACCCUUCCUCAUUUUCCUCAGACUGUACAUUUAGUAGUAAUUCAAUUAAAUUUUAUCAAGUUGCUUAUCAAAUGAUUGGAUAUGCAUCGAAUCGAACAAAUAUGAAAAUGAAGAAUGGGGAUCAAUCAUCGUCAUCAUCAUCAUCAUCAUUGAGUAAUCAACUUGACUCUGAGUUAGAUAAAACUCAACAUCUGAUCAAUGUAACACAGAAUUGGGCUCGAUUAGAAAAUUUACAAUUUGGUCGUUUAUAUUCUGUAGUUGUUCGAGCUGUUGGUGAGAAAAAAAGCUUCAAAGAUGCAAAUUUCAACAUGAAUCAUCGAAAUGAUGAAUCUCGUCUGUUGUUUAGUGAAUGGAGUUUAGAGCAGAUAUUUGAAACACCAGAAAAAAAGCCUGGUGAUUCCCCACGAGAUAUAUCUCUUAUCGGUCUUAAUGUUGAGUCUGGUGAACAACCUGUCAGUAUACAAAUUAGUUGGCAACCUCCUAUUCAUCCUAAUGGACCAUUGACGGGUUAUUUCCUUUACUAUACAGCAAAUCAUAGUUUACCUUUAUCUGAAUGGUCUAAACGCCGAUUACCACCGGAUAGUUUGAAUACAGUUAUCUCAGGGUUAUUACGCAAUGCUAUAUAUGCAUUUCGUUUAACAGCUACCAAUCCAUUUGGUGAUGGUCCAGCUUCUUCAGUCAAUUUAUAUCGUACACCAGAUGUUUAUGGUCAAGGCGGUGGUGUUUUCACCUUCACAGAUCAUGAAUACAUCAAAUCUGGUUCAAGUCUAUCUUCAGUCUCACUUCUUCAUCCUUAUCAUUCUAAUCCAGCUGAUAUAAUCUAUGUAAAAAGUGCUUCGGAUAAUACGGAGAAAUAUCCCACUGGUGUCGCCAGUAUUAGCAGCAGCAGCAGUAGUGGUAUUAAUACAGGAAAAUUGUUGUCAGCUGGACGAGGAGCGAAUUCAUUGUUGAUCAUCGGUGUAAUGGUCGGAUUCUUAGUCUUGUUACUGAUCAUCUUAGUAGUUUCAGUAUUUUGGCGUAAACAUCGACGUAAUUUGAAUCGUUUUAUUGGGUAUAAACCUGGACAAAACGUCGAUUGUUUACCCGAAGGCGAUGGUAUAAAUGUAAACAACAAUACUACUACUACUAACAAUAAUAUCAGUAACAAUAACAACAAAACUCCUCGUAGACAAUUAUUCAACAAGAAACGUAAAUGUCAUAACAAAUCCUAUGGUGCUAAUCAAGAUGUUGCCCUAUUAAUGAGUAAUGGUGAAGCAAUUCUAGCCUCUGACAUUCAACAACAGCAACAGCCAUUAUCGUCCAGUUUACCUGGUGGCGUUGUAAUGACUGGGCAACCAACAAUGCUGUUGACUACAUCUAUGAAUUUAUCAGCAGCUACUGGUGGUGUGUCUAGUGGAGGUGGUGCCUGUGGUGGAGAGAUUGUUGGCGGUCCAUUAUCCUCUAUCGUAGUUACACAAAGUCAAGGCAUUCUUCACAAUAAUCAAAAUAAUAUGAAUUCUGGUUCAUAUUCAUGGGAUCAUGAUUCAGAUUCACUUCAGUUUGCUUCUGUUUCACAAGAACGUACUGGUGAUAGUCGUCAGUCACCAGGAAUAAGUGGACAACAGCAAACACCGACGAAUGCUGGAAGCUCAGGAAGUACAAAUUCUGCUCGUGGUAGUAUUGGUACGCCGACACGACUUAUCCAGUCAAGUAAUUUAGCUUACCAUCAAACACAUAAUUAUCCAAAUGAUGCUGCUCUAGGUUAUGCCUAUCCAGUAACAUCAAUUGUUCCGUCAAAUCUAAUAAAUCCCACAAUGUUAGUCGGUCAGCGUCCUGCUGUUUUAUCCCCUGGUGUACCGAUUAGUGGUUAUCAAAAUCAUUUGGUUGUCUCAUCUGCUAUGCCAAUCACUGGUGGUAAUCAUACUACUGCUAAUAAUAUUCCAAAUAAUUAUAUGGUACAAUAUUAUCCAAUGACAUCAGUAUAUAAUCAAGUCAAUCGUAUGCCAAUUGACCGAUUACCAUCACCACAUGUAGUUAUUCCACCACAAAUGGUUUAUACUGGACAAUCAUCGGCUAGAUAUCCUAAUGCUAUACCGUGUAACAUAGAUCCAUCUCAAAUGGCUACAUAUGCUCAUGUAAUGAAUCCAUCUUAUGCAACUCAACCAGCAUUUGUCAAUGUGAAUACAACACCUCGUGUAAAUGCAGCUGAGAUUAUGUCAUUUACAAGUUCAGAAGAUAUUGGUCCUGUGAUGUCAAAUUCAACAAAUGAAAAUGAUUCUCAGAAAUUCUUAUAUAUGAAUGGUGGUGGUAGUGGUGUCGGUGACAAUGAUCAUAAUCGAAGCAAACUGUACAAUCCAAUGCAUACAACACCAAAAUCUAAACGUACUACUGCCUCUUCUACAGGGAACACUGGUUCACGUUCAAUAGCAUCACCUCGACGACGUCCAUUACCAAAUUCUAAUCGUAAUGAACGAAAUCUUGAUGCACAUACGAAUAGAUUGAAUGUUGUGAAUCAACAAAGUAUGAUGAAUGACGACAGCAUUCAUCGUGGAGGUGGUGAUGGUCAUACCAAUACGGGAAAACAUGCUGCUAACCAAGAAAUCAAACGGAAUUCUGUAAUUGUAAAUAAUAAUAAUAAUGGUGGUGAAUGUGGAACUGAAAAUGAGGGUGUUCAAAAAGCCUUCAGCAGUGAAGAACUCUCUCAAGAAAUGGCUAAUUUAGAAGGUUUAAUGAAAGAUUUAAGUGCAAUAGCUCAAGAAGAAUUCAACUGCUAACAGAUAUAUACAUUGGAACACAUACGCAAACAUGGAGAUAUGGAGGUCGACAGU